UUUCGAGUCUUAUGACAAAACCAUCAUUUUUAUCUCAUAUUUCCAAUGGAGAGCAAUUGGAAAAUAGCAAUUUGCCAUUUCUUGUCCCAAACAUAGGAUUUUUCAUGUCUUUGGAUAUAGAAAGAUAUCCUAAUAUCAAAACAAAAUGUAUUAUUGCAAAUGCUGCCGAAGUAAAGCCAAUUCUUGAUAAGACUGUCAAAGUAACAAUUGCAGUGGAUCAUUUAAAUUUAGGUUAUGGGUAUGGAGAAUAUGAGGACGCAAUAAAUAUAUCAACUCUUGAGAAAUUCACCGUACUUAAAGAAGAUCUGACUUUUGAUUUUUGUUGCUAUGUUCUUCAUAAAAACUCUGUCAUCUCACCAAAGCUAGAUGAUUUUCUUGUAAAGGUGCGAGAAUCCGGCUUGGAAUAUUAUUAUCUUGCAGAAUCUUUCAGGGAUUUAGAUUAUAAAGAACAAGUGUACCUGCGUACUAUUCAACAACUGCAAGGACAAGCAACUUACUACUUUAACAUUAACACUUUAUCGGGUGCAUUUCUUAUGUUAUUUUGUGGAUUAUUGCUUGCCACAGUAAUAUUUUUCUGUGAAUUAAGUAAUUCGUCUAUUCCGUGGCUCUAAACCUGAAUUGUAUGAAAAAUAGCAUUUACGUAUUACGUGCAUUGUCAACAUUGAACUAAUCAACCACUACGAUAACAAAUUUUAAUUAAUUUCGUAAAUGGUUAGAUGGAACUUA